CGCCCUCGGGGCUUUAAAUGAGGCCUUUCUAGGCUCGCAGCAGUGAGUUCGGCAAAGCGUGUGUAGAGGGGUCGGCUUUUCCCCGGGCCAGAGCUGCUUGGGACCCUGAGUUGAAUGUAGAUUCUAGGAAGGAUCCCAUGCUCACUACCUUGGAGCCUUCACUGCCAGGCUGGACUCUGGUGGGCUAGAGUGAAGGAGAGAGCUAGGAAGAUGAGCUCUAGCGUAACCGUGAGUGAACCAAGGCUGAACUGGGAUGUUACACCCAAAAAUGGCCUUAAAGUAUUUUUCUCUCCAGAAAAUUAUAAAGAUCAUUCCAUGGCUCCAAGUUUAAAAGAACUCUAUAUUUUGUCUAACAGACGUAUAGGAGAAAAUUUGAAUGUCUCAGCAAGUUCUGUAGAAAAUGAGCCUGCAGUUAGUUCAGCAACUCAAGCAAAGGAAAAAGUUGGGAUGAUUCUCCUUCCGAAACCAAGAGUUCCUUAUCCUCGUUUCUCUCGGUUCUCACAGAGAGAGCAGAGGGCUUAUGUGGAUUUGUUGGCUAAAUAUGCAAAGAUCCCCUCAAGUUCCAAAGCUGUUGGGACAAAUACAAAUGAAUUCCUACAGUAUUUGGUAUUUCUGGCACCUGCUCUGUUGUGCAUCGGCCUUACUCCAGUUCAUCUUAUAUCCCAGCAAGAGCACCUUUACAAGCUUACUGUGCAAAUUCUAAGAGCUUGCAUUGAACAAGUGAAAAAAUACCCAGAAUUUUAUACUCUCCAUGAAGUCACCAGCCUAAUGGGAUUCUUUCCUUUUAAAACAGAGAUGGGGCUGAAGUUAGAAAAGACUCUUCUUGUUUUGGGCAGUGCAAAGUUUGUAAAAACAUCAUUUCCUUCUAUGCCUGUGAAGUUGCAGCUUUCAAAAGAUGGCAUAUCUUCCAUUGAGACCCCACAGCAGCAAGCUGAAGCUAUGCACUACGAUAUUAGUAAAGACCCAAAUGCAGAGAAGCUUGUUUCAAGAUACCAUCCGCAGAUAGCUCUGACUAGCCAGGCAUUAUUCACCUUGCUCAAUAACCAUGGACCAAGCUACAAGGAACAGUGGGAAAUCCCAGUGUGUGUUCAGAUGAUAACUGUGGAAGGUUCCAAACCAGUUAAAGUAAUUUAUAUUAAUUCACCACUUCCCCGAAAGCAAAUGACAAUGAGAGAAAGAAAUCAACUCUUCCAUGAAGUUCCAUUAAAACAUGUACUAUCAAAAAACACAUCUGUCCCAGUCUCUGCAGUCUUUAUGGACAAACCAGAAGAGUGUACCUCUGAGAUGGAUAUACCCACUGAAGCUAAUGAGUGCCGAAAAAUUGAGACUGUGGAAAAUAUGGAUCUAGAUUUUGAUGAUGAUGUCACAGAACUUGAAACCUUUGGAGUAACUACCACUAAUUCAUCCAGGUCACCAAGUUCAGAAAGUGACUCCUCUGUACCCAUCUUGACAGAUGUCUGCACAGCCCCCAAAGUAGCAGCUGCUCCUGUGGUACCAGCCACACCUGAAGUAACAGCUUCACCAAACAUUACUGAGGAUUCUAGAAGUUUAUGUCAGAUGCUGAUGAAACAAUUACAGAAGGAGAAACAGCUGUUCUCUGGUGUGGAAAGUGGUCCUGAAGGGUGCAAAAAUAAAGAUGACCAGGGACUGGAAUCAUGUCCUGAAGAGGUUCCCAGUGCCAGUGCGAAAUCUUUAGUACAAGACAAUGAAGUUCACAAAACAUCCGAUGGAAUCUCUAAGGAAAGUGAUGUAGGUAUGCUUUGUACCAAUGAUAAAAGACCGAGUGUUCAGGGGAACCCUGACAAUGCCAACAGAACAGCUACUGUAUCAGAAACAGCUGAAACUGAGAAAGGGAUUUCUUGUGGUAGUGAUACAGAUGAAGAUUGUUUAAUCAUUGAUACAGAGAGUAAAAGUAAUAGUGACGGAAAGACAGCUGAUGUGGGUUCUAGACCAGCAAGUCCAAAUUCUUCAGCACAGGCUUCUGUGGGAAAACAGACUACUACUGUGGUUUCUGAAGAGUCUUGUGUUUUAAAGAAACCUAUCAAAAGAGUCUAUAAAAAAUUUGAUCCAGUUGGAGAAAUUCUAAAAAUGCAGGAUGAGCUUUUAAAGCCAGUUUCUAAGAAAAUGCCUGAGUUGCCCUUGAUUAAUUCAGAAGAAUCUAAACAACCAUCUGCUUCUGAGCAACCCUCUGCUACUUCAGAUGCCUCCAGCUGGCCAAAAUCCAGUUGGCCUUCUGCGUUUCAGAAGCCUAAAGGACGAUUGCCAUAUGAACUUCAAGACUAUGUUGAAGAUACAUCAGAAUAUAUAGCUCCUCAAGAAGGAAAUUUUGUGUAUAAGUUGUUCAGCAUGCAAGACCUGUUGUUACUUGUGCGGUGCAGUGUCCAGAGGAUAGAGACAAGACCACGUUCCAAAAAACGGAAGAAGAUCAGAAGACAAUUUCCAGUUUACGUGCUACCAAAAGUAGAGUAUCAAGGUUGUUAUGGAGUUGAAGCUCUGACUGAAAGCGAGCUCUGUCGCUUCUGGACUGAAAGUUUAUUGCAUUCCAACUGCUCGUUUUAUGUUGGGCAUAUUGAUGCAUUUACUUCAAAGCUUUUCAUGCUAGAAGAAAUCACCUCAGAAGAAUUAAAAGAAAAGCUUGCAGCUCUCAAGAUUUCAAGUUUAUUUAACAUUCUCCAGCACGUUCUAAAGAAAUUAUGUAGCUUGCAGGAUGGGUCCUACUUGCUGUCUCACGCAGCAGAAGAUUCUUCACUCCUGAUCUACAAGACCUCAGAUGGAAAAGUUACUAGGACAGCGUAUAAUUUGCAUAAAGCGCAUUGUGACCUUCCUGGCAUACCUUCCAGUCUCUCAGUUCCUUGGGUUCCAUUAGAUCCCAGUUACCUGUUACCAUACCACAUCCAUCAUGGACGAAUUCCGUGUACUUUUCCGCCUAAAUCACUGCGCCCUGUAGCACAACCAAAGGUUUGUGGGACAAGAAUUCCUACCCAUGGCCACAGGAAUCCAGUUUCCAUGGAAACCAAAAGUAGUUCCCUGCCAGUUCAGCAAGUUGAAAAUGAAGGAGUGGCUCAGAAUAAAAGGAAAAUAACAUAAGGUCUGGACCAUGGAAAAUGAAGUUUCAGAAAAACCAGUUGUAACUGUUUUUAAUGUUGAAGUAUGAGAGGAAAUGUGCCCCCCCCCCAAAAAAAAAUCAGCAAGAAGAGUGUUUCCCUUGCUAUCCUGGAGUUCUUACAAAGUGCCUUGAAAACUGACUGCAGGAAAGUCAGUGACAGCAGUAGUGUCCCUCCUCAUCUCUGGUGCAUGGAGAAUAUAGAAUGCUCCAUUUGCAUAGAAGCAAACUGAAUAAGAAAAAUAUUUUUAUAGUAUUCUUUUCUAAAGAUCAUAGGUAGGAAAACCACUUCCUGUUUUAGGAACUGUCAAGUAUUAUGUUAAUAAUUUGAUUAUAUUGCCAGUCUAAUGAGACUGGCCCAAAUGCUUAAAUGUUGCCACUGUUAGAAACAGCUGUGUGCAUUGUUUACGGCCCAUUUUUGUCAGUAUUAACACUACCGUUGAUGUGUUUGAAAACCUGUUGAAAUUCCAUUGUGGACGUCGGAAGUGAAAACAAGGAAGAUCUCUAUGUCUGAAAAGUGGCAAAUUAAUAUUUUCCUGCUUGGCAACCACACAUGCUUUACAAAAACACUAGCAUUCUGUGGUGCGACAGCUUUGGUGACAGUGCCUCUGCAACUUUGCACAAAUUUCUUCUGAGUGUGGUGAAACACUGCCGAAAGUGAAGACAUCUGAGGGUGCAGGCAUUCCAGGGAAGCAAGCUUGUUCAUUCCAUCAGGCAUGGGUAAAGUGCCAUUAAGUCUAGGAUUUUUUUCUUUUCUUUUUGUCUCAUUUAUUCUGAUUCAUUCAGAAAGCAUCAUCAGUAGUGGGUAUGGCCAGUUUGGGUUUGAGGGGACAGACUUGUUCACUUUUUUUUACCUAUUUUUUAAUAAACACUAAAAGUAUCAGAAAUGUGUUUGCAAUAUCAUAAAU